ACUGAGAGCACAACUGUUAGUACAACUGAGACAACUACACCAACCACAACAACAACAACAACAACAACAGAAUCAACAUCAGCCACAACAACUGAGAGCACAACUGUUAGUACAACUGAAACAACUACACCAGCCACAACUGAGAGCACAACUGUUAGUUCAACUGAGACAACUACACCAGCCACAACAACUGAGAGCACAACUGUUAUUACAACUGAAACAACUACACCAACCACAACAACUGAGACCACAACUGUUAGUACAACCGAGACAACUACACCAGCCACAACAACUGAGAGCACAACUGUUAGUACAACUGAAACAACCACACCAGCCACAACAACUGAGAGCACAACUCUUAGUACAACUGAAACCACUACACCAGCCACAACAACUGAGAGCACAACUGUUAGUACAACUGAAACAACUACACCAACCACAACAACAGAAUCAACAUCAGCCACAACAACUGAGAGCACAACUGUUAGUACAACUACACCAGCGACAACAACUCAGAGCACAACUGUUAGUACAACUGAAACAACCACACCAGCCACAACAACUGAGAGCACAACUGUUAAUACAACUGAGACAACUACACCAACCACAACAACAACAACAGAAUCAACAUCAGCCACAACAAUUGAGAGCACAACUGUUAGUACAACUGAGACAACUACACUAACCACAACUGAGAGCACAACUGUUAGUUCAACUGAAAUAACUACACCAGCCACAACAACUGAGAGAACAACUGAAACAACUACACCAACCACAACAACUGAGACCACAACUGUUAGUACAACCGAGACAACUACACCAGCCACAACAACUGAGAGCACAACUGUUAGUACAACUGAAACAACCACACCAACCACAACAACAGAAUCAACAUCAGCCACAACAACUGAGAGCACAACUGUUAGUACAACUACACCAGCCACAACAACUGAGAGCACAACUGUUAGUACAACUGAAACAACCACACCAGCCACAACAACUGAGAGCACAACUGUAAAUACAACUGAGACAACUACACCAACCACAACAACAACAACAGAAUCAACAUCAGCCACAACAACUGAGAGCACAACUAGCACAACUGUUAGUACAACUGAAACAACCACGCCAGCCACAACAACUGAGAGCACAACUAUUAGUACAACUGAAACAACUACACCAGCCAGAACAACUGAGAGCACAACUGUUAGUACAACUGAAACAACUACACCAACCACAACAACAGAAUCAACCUCAGCCACAACAACUGUUAGUACAACUGAAACAACUACACCAGCCACAACAACUGAGAGGACAACUCCAGCCACAACAACUGAGAUCACAACUUUUAGUACAACUGAGACAACUACACCUGCCACAACAACUGAGAUCACAACUGUUAGUACAACUGAGACAACUACACCAACCACAACAACAGAACCAACAUCAGCCACAACAACUGAGAGCACAACUGUUAGUACAACUACACCAGCGACAACAACUGAGAGCACAACUGUUAGUACAACUGAAACAACCACACCAGCCACAACAACUGAGAGCACAACUGUUAGUACAACUGAGACAACUACACCAACCACAACAACAGAAUCAACAUCAGCCACAACAAUUGAGAGCACAACUGUUAGUACAACUGAGACAACUACACCAACCACAACAACAGAAUCAACAUCAGCCACAACAACUGAGAGCACAACUGUUAGUACAACUGAGACAACUACACCAACCACAACAACAGAACCAACAUCAGCCACAACAACUCAGAGCACUACUGUUAGUACAACUGAAACUACACCAGACACAACAACUGAGAGCACAACUGUUAGUACAACAGAAUCAACAUCAGCCACAACAACUGAGAGCACAACUGUUAGUACAACUGAAACAACUACACCAGCCACAACAACUGAGAGCACAACUGUUAGUACAACUGAGACAACUACACCAACCACAACAACAGAAUCAAUAUCAGCCACAACAACUUUGAGCACAACUGUUAGUACAACUGAAACAACUACACCAGCCACAACUGAGAGCACAACUGUUAGUUCAACUGAGACAACUACACCAGCCACAACAACUGAGAGCACAACUGUUAUUACAACUGAAACAACUACACCAACCACAACAACUGAGACCACAACUAUUAGUACAACCGAGACAACUACACCAGCCACAACAACUGAGAGCACAACUGUUAGUACAACUGAAACAACCACACCAGCCACAACAACUGAGAGCACAACUGUUAGUACAACUGAAACAACUACACCAACCAUAACAACAGAAUCAACAUCAGCCACAACAACUGAGAGCACAACUGUUAGUACAACUACACCAGCGACAACAACUCAGAGCACAACUGUUAGUACAACUGAAACAACCACACCAGCCACAACAACUGAGAGCACAACUGUUAAUACAACUGAGACAACUACACCAACCACAACAACAACAACAGAAUCAACAUCAGCCACAACAAUUGAGAGCACAACUGUUAGUACAACUGAGACAACUACACCAACCACAACUGAGAGCACAACUGUUAGUUCAACUGAGACAACUACACCAGCCACAACAACUGAGAGCACAACUGAAACAACUACACCAACCACAACAACUGAGACCACAACUGUUAGUACAACCGAGACAACUACACCAGCCACAACAACUGAGAGCACAACUCUUAGUACAUCUGAAACAACCACACCAGCCACAACAACUGAGACCACAACUGUUAGCACAACUGAAACCACUACACCAGCCACAACAACUGAGAGCACAACUGUUAGUACAACUGAAACAACUACACCAACCACAACAACAAAAUCAACAUCAGCCACAACAACUGAGAGCACAACUGUUAGUACAACUGAAACAACCACACCAGCCACAACAACUGUGAGCACAACUGUUAAUACAACUGAGACAACUACACCAACCACAACAACAACAACAGAAUCAACAUCAGCCACAACAACUGAGAGCACAACUGUUAGUACAACUGAAACAUCUACACCAGCCACAACAACUGAGAGCACAACUGUUAGUACAACUGAGACAACUAUACCAGCCACAACAACAGAAUCAACAUCAGCCACAACUACUGAGAGCACAACUGCUAGUACAACUGAAACAACUACACCAGCCACAACAACUGAGAGCACAAAUGAAACAACUACACCAGCCAGAACAACUGAGAGCACAACUGUUAGUACAACUGAAAGCACAACUGUUAGUACAACUGAAACAACCACGCCAGCCACAACAACUGAGAGCACAACUAUUAGUACAACUGAAACAACUACACCAGCCAGAACAACUGAGAGCACAACUGUUAGUACAACUGAAACAACUACACCAGCCACAACAACUGAGAGCACAACUGUUAGUACAACUGAAACUACUACACCAGCCACAACAACUGAGACCACAGCUGUUAGUACAACUGAGACAACUACACCAGCCACAGCAACUGAGAGCACAACUGUUAGUACAACUGAAACAACUACACCAGCACCACCAACAAUAGAAUCUUCAACAGCCACAACAACUGAUAGCACAUCUCUUAGUACAGCUGAAACAACUACACCAGCCACUACAACGGAAUCAACAUCAGCCACAACA